AAAGUGUGACCAUGUGAAAUGGCUUGAAUAUGAUUCUCUUUCUGUUUUUUUUUAAUUUUUUUUACACUUUUUGAGUUUUUGUCUUUAAAAUUGGAAUUAGAAGAUCUAAAAGCCCCCAAAUUCUCUCUGAGAGAGAGAAUUCAUGUCUGAAUUAUUUUCCUAGGAGAUUCUCUGAUUCCUGGUAAAUUCUUUCUCACCAAUCCCAAGGAGCUCUCAGCUGCCUGAUUUCUUGGGUUUGCUUACUUUUCCCUGCUUGUUAAUAAUCCCUUCCUUUUUUUCGUAAUUUCUCUGUGUUUUGUGUAAUCAGAUCUCUCUCAUUUUUCUUGGUUUUGUUGUUGUUAUGCAUAAAUUUUGAAGCUUUGUAUCAAGUUUGAUACUUUAUUAGGUUUGUUGAGUUUGUGUCUUUAGUUUUUAGUGUUUUGUUGGAAUUAGAGUGGAUAAUCUAUUGUUUUGAAGUGUAAUUUGGGUGUUUCUGAGGGUUUUUUUGGCUUCUUUUAGGUGUUUGAAUGUUGUGUGCAGAAUCUUCAGUUUUUGCUUCAAAAUCAAGAUUUUUUGGCAUUUCACUUUUUGUUGUGUGCAAAAUGUUCAGUUUUUGGACUAUUUGUUUUUGCCUUCUUGAGUUAUUGAACUAGCUGUUUUAAAAUUUGAAUAGGGUUUUGGGGUUUUCGUGAUUUGUCUGGAUGGAUAAGGAUAAAUCUCCUAGCAACCAUAGUAGUGGUUUACCACCACCUUCUGGGAGGUUUUCUUGUUUUUCACCCUCUGGGAGCUCUUAUAACGUGAAACCUGAGCAAUCGCCUUCUACAUUUCCUCCAAAGGCUCCUGGCAGUAGUUCAGACCCUAGUCAUUUUGGUCAUGGAUUGGAUUCUAAUCGAUUUAGUCAUGAUAUCAGCCGAAUGUCUGAUAACCCAUCUAAGAAUUUGGGCCACCGUCGUGCCCAUUCAGAGAUUCUCACUCUCCCUGAUGAUAUUAGCUUUGACAGUGAUCUUGGUGUUGUGGGUGGUGGUACAGAUGGGACAACUUUCUCUGAUGAAACUGAGGAAGAUUAUUUGUCAAUGUACCUUGAUAUGGAUAAGUUCAGUUCAUCCUCGGCCACAUCUGCUUUUCAAGUUGGGGAGUCAUCAGCUCCACCAGUGCCAGCACAACCACUGACACCACUGCCUGCAACAGUGGAUUUGGGUGCUGGUCCUAGCGAAAGGCCUAAAGUUAGGCAUCAACAUAGCCUCUCAAUGGAUGGCUCGACAACUAUCAAGCCAGAGAUGCUCAUGUCAGGUUCUGAGGAGGCAUCUCACGCUGAUUCCAAGAAGUCCAUAUCUGCGGCAAAGCUUGCUGAACUUGCACUUAUAGAUCCAAAGCGUGCAAAAAGGAUUUGGGCUAACAGGCAAUCUGCUGCAAGGUCCAAGGAAAGGAAGAUGCGGUACAUAGCUGAACUUGAAAGGAAAAUGCAGACACUGCAAACAGAAGCGACGUCGUUGUCUGCUCAAUUGACUCUUCUUCAGAGGGAUACAAACAGCCUGACUGCUGAAAAUAGUGAACUGAAACUGCGUUUGCAAACGAUGGAGCAACAGGUCCACUUACAAGAUGCCUUGAAUGAUGCACUGAAAGAAGAAAUUCAGCAUCUGAAGGUACUGACUGGUCAAGUGCCAAACUAUGCAUCUUUUGGAGGAGGCCAGCAAUUGUAUCCCAAUAAUCAAGCAAUGCAUACUUUCUUAGCUGCACAACAGUUUCAACAACUCCAAAUUCAUUCGCAGAAGCAGCAGCAGCAGCAGUUCCAGCUGCAUCAGCUUCAACAGCAACAACUUCAACAGCAGCAGCAACAAGGUGGGGAUUUGCAAAUGAGAGGUUCAAUGGCUUCUUCAAGCCAGAAAGAUAAUUCAUCUGAGGAUAAUUCCUCUUCAUGAAAGGACUGAGAAUAGCAUGAUCAUCAGACCAGCUACAGAAUGUUCUGUCUGCUUUUGUUUACAACCUAGUUACAAUCUGUUGUCACAUAGGACAUUUACCUUUUAUCUCCACUUUUAGAUACUUUACAUUCAUACCUCAUUUAGGCGGGUUCUAUAUUCUAGUUUCCUUGAAGAUUGAGUUUAUAGCUUAAGCAUUUAAUAUUAGUUUAUGUAGAACCUUUCUUCCAUCAUGGCCCUUUGAUGGCGAUUUGUUGAUUCAAAAUUCUAAGCUUUGUCC